UCCCCGCCGUGGGGCGGAGUCGCCACGCUUGGGGUCCGUUCCCCUCCUCCCAGGCUCCCGCCCCGUCCCCGCCGGGUGGGUUGCGGGGCGCGGCGCCUUGAGGCCGGGCGGCGGGUCCGGCGGCCGUCGGAAGCUGCCCGCCGAGGGGCUGACGAGGGCCGCGGGCGCGGGGCUCCGGCGGCCGCUGAUGGGAGGCGGCCUCCGGGAGAGCAAGCGACGGCGCCGCAGCCACCAUGGGGAACAAGCAGACCAUCUUCACCGAAGAGCAGCUGGACAACUACCAGGACUGCACCUUCUUCAAUAAGAAGGACAUCCUCAAGCUCCACGCGCGCUUCUAUGAGCUGGCUCCCAACAUCGUCCCGAUGGACUACAGGAAGAGCCCCAUCGUCCACGUGCCCAUGAGCGUCAUCAUCCAGAUGCCGGAGCUCCGGGAGAAUCCCUUCAAGGAAAGGAUUGUGGAGUCUUUUUCUGAGGAUGGCGACGGGAACCUCACCUUCAACGACUUUGUCGACAUGUUUUCUGUGCUCUGUGAGUCGGCUCCCCGCGACCUCAAGGCAAACUACGCCUUCAAGAUCUACGACUUCAACACCGACAACUUCAUCUGCAAGGAGGACCUGGAGCUGACGCUGGCCCGGCUCACCAAGUCGGAGCUGGAUGAGGACGAGGUGGUGCUCGUGUGCGACAAGGUCAUUGAGGAGGCCGAUCUGGACGGCGACGGCAAGCUGGGCUUCUCCGACUUCGAGGACAUGAUCGCCAAGGCCCCCGACUUCCUCAGGUGCCCUCCCAAGGGGCUGGCAUGGGCAGGGCAGGCCUGAAUGGGGGCCGCAGCCAGGAGACCCCUUGGGGCUGAGGCACUGUCACUGCUCCCGAGAGCAGUGGUCCUGGCAGGCUCUGUGUGGGCCGGGAGGCAGGUCACGUUCCAGGCCGAGCUGCCCUCAGUGUGUGACUGGGAAGUCCUCUGUCCCCAGCAGGGCCAGUCUCUGGUGAAGGAUAGAGACUGGGGGCCCUUUGGUUAUGUCGGGGAUUGGAUGCCCUGGGCACAGCUGGUCCUCCAGGCCUUCCUGCACUCCUCUGCACCCUCCUGGAGGAACUGUCCAGGGUUGGGUGCAGGGCCUGGUUGGCUUUCUGCUGAGGACCUUUACCCACCCAGUCCAGAGCCUCUCAGCCCCUCUUGCUCUUUCUCUUUCCAGCACUUUCCACGUCCGGAUCUGAGGACAGCGCCGAGGUUACAGGGGCCAGAAGCCGACCACCCACCUCUGCUGCCUACACGAGUGUGACCUCCAGGCUCCUCAGGAGAGGAGCUGCGGCCUCUGGGGUUUACACCCACGCACAUUUCCUUGGCCCUUUCAGCAAAAAAUCCUUAACCAGGGAAGGGGGGAUGUGAGGGGCAGGGCCUUUCCCAGUCCCCCUGUGGUCCCUCCACAGGUCUUCCUUCUAUCCCCCCAACCUUCCCCACACCCUGGUCCUCUCCCCAUCAGAAAUGGCCCUACUGGGAGGGGAAGACAGAACCCCUAAUAGGGCAGGGGUGCUGACUUGUCCAAGUGCUGGGCAGGCACCCUGGUUGCCCAGGGCAAAGUGAAAAAAAAAAGGACAAGGUUUAACGAGCUAUGCAAUCUUUCUCCAAAACCCACAGCUGGGCUACACCCGACCCCGCCUGUUCCUUCUCCCCUGACCCUUGCCAAUGUGAAGCUGUGUGAACAGUGGGUCCAAGGGCUCUUGUCCCUGUCUCUGUCCAGGACCUGAACACCACCCCAUCUGCCUUCCCCAGUGAUGUGGAAUCCUCACUGGUGUGUGCUGUCCACAGAUUUGUGAACUCCUCGUACAGUAAAACACUUUCAUGUC